UUUAGCUCCUAUUUGCUCACCAAUGAGCAUGUGGGAGAGGAGUGUGCCGUCGCUGGCUUCACAUACCUCUGAUCAACACAUGGUUAAUGAUGGCUGAGGUUUACCUGAUGAUGAUGAUAGGUCUCUUGCAAGAUGUAUUUUUAUUCCCUAGACAAAUAACAGUUGGAGUGAGUCCUAAUUUAGCAGCAAACCGAGUAUGAUCCCCUUCUGCCUCCCCAUUUUUUUUUAUGAGUUUAGCUACUCUAGCCUGGAAAAUAAACAGCCAGAUAAUAAGCCCUUCUUCUGGAAAUGGGCAUAAAUAAUAACAAAGAAAACAUCCUGUGCUUCAUGCCAACACCCUCUGGGAAGGGAAUAUAAAAGCCACAGGCAGGAAGGCUCUUGUCAGACUUGGAGAACUCUGGCUUCGUUGCCGUCCUGAGACCUGACCAGCUGGGACCAUGGGUUGCUGUCCCACGGACUGCUUCAACUGCUGUGGCGGCUGCCAACAAGACCAGUCCGGGGAGUGCUGUGAGAUGUGCUGCUGCCAACCCAACUGCUGUGGUUGCUGUGGGUCCAGUUGCUGUGGUGGCUCCGGCUGUGGUGGCUGCGGAGGAGGUUGUGGUGGCUGCGGAGGCUGCGGAGGCUGCGGAGGCUGUGGAGGCUGUGGAGGCUGUGGAGGCAGUUGCUGUGGUUCUAGCUGUGGGGGGUGCGGCUCCGGUUGCUGUGGGUCAGGCUGCUGUGGUGGAUCCGGGUGCUGUGGGUGCUGCUGUGGGCCAGUUUGUUGCCAACCAACACCUGUGUGUGACACAAAAUGAAGACAUCUGGAGGGAAGCCAGAGACCAAAUCUUCACUGGAAAAUCCUACAUGGAAAGACCUCUCUUCAUUCCACUUGCUGCCUAGGACACUUCUCAAUCCAAAGACAGUGUCCUCCCUCCCACUCUCACUAUAGAUCCUGUCCUGUGUACAUUCAGAGAAGGAAUGCAACUCAAAUACCCAAUCCAGGGGGAAAAAAGACCUAUCUGGUGAGGAAUUAAAAAGCUAUAUCAAACAAGGGAUCCAAAGAAAGAAAAAUAAGGGUUCCUUACCAAGACUUGACUCUCAUGAACUUGUUCAAUAUCUUGUCAUUUCAGGACAUCCUUCUUUUCAAGGUGUCUUUGGGAUGUAUUGCCUGUCUGUCCUCUCUACUGCUUCUGAGGUGCAAAAGGCUUCUUUGCUAAUCUUUUAAUAAAUUCAAGCAUUCUGGCAUAAUUCAA